GGGGCGUGCACGGCCGGACUCGGUCUUUUUCACACCAGCAGGGAACAUUGUUCACCCACCGAGAGCUUCACCAUGGCUUCAACACUUAAAUGCACACCGUUCAUGUUGUGUUUUAUUUAUUGUUCGUUACUGUUCAUCAGUGUGUUUUGUGAAGCCGACCCUGAAGAAGAAGACGAGCAUGCCAAGCACACGUACACGGUCGAGAUGUUUAACGAAGCGGUGCCGACUGCACCACACUUUGUCAUGUUUUACGCUCCCUGGUGUGGUCAUUGCCAAAGGCUACAGCCGGCAUGGAAUGAGCUGGCAGACAAAUACAACAGCAUGGAUGAACCCCCAGUGUAUGUAGUUAAAGUAGACUGUGUCCAGGACACAAAGUUUUGUUCCAGCGUCCAUGGAGUCAGGGGCUACCCCACGCUAAAAUUGUUUAAGCCAGACCAGGAUCCAGUUAAGUACACAGGGCCCAGGGAUGUGCAGUCCCUGGAGACAUGGAUGCUGAAGACACUUCAGGAGGAGCCUUCAGAACCGGAGACCGAGCUGGAGCCUCCCAAAGCCCCAGAGCCAAAGCAGGGCAUGUAUGACCUUACUGUUCACAACUUCAAGACCCACAUAGCCAAAGGUGCACAUUUUGUUAAGUUCUUUGCCCCAUGGUGUGGUCACUGCAAAGCCAUGGCCCCGACCUGGGAGCAGCUGGCCACAAGCUUUGAGCACUCUGAUGAUGUUAAGAUAGGAAAGGUGGACUGUACACAGCACUAUGAGGUGUGCUCUGAGAACGGCGUGCGGGGAUAUCCCACGCUGCUUUUCUUCCACAAUGGACAGAAGACAGAGCAGUACAAAGGCAAAAGAGACCUGGAUUCUUUCAAGGACUUUGUAGACAACCAGCUGAAGGCCGUCCUCGCUGAAGAGGAAAAGCAGGAGGAUCCGAGUGCAAAUGAGAUCCCUACUGAUGAGCCAGCCAAAGAGGAGGAGGUGAAGUCCAGUGUAGUGGUCCUGACAGAAAACAACUUUGAUGAGACGGUAGCCAAAGGCCUCACCUUCAUCAAAUUCUAUGCUCCAUGGUGUGGCCACUGUAAGAACCUGGCUCCAACAUGGGAGGACCUUUCCAAGAAGGACUUUCCUGGCCUCACUGACGUCAAGAUAGCCAAAGUAGACUGCACUGUGGAGCGCACACUCUGCAACAAGUACUCUGUCAGAGGUUACCCCACCUUGCUCAUCUUCAGGGCAGGAGAGCAGGGUGACGAGCAUCACGGCGGGCGGGACCUGGAGUCCCUGCACAGCUUCGUGAUGAGACAGGCAAGGGACGAGCUGUAAAACCGUCAAAUCACCACGCACCUCCCACCACUUGGCUCGCCCCAAACUGCAUUUCUGGCCAAUAGGACAUCUCUGUCCUACAGCAGCCAAACCUCUUCUGUCUUUCUCUACUUGGGUUUUUUUCUUCAGAAAGGAGUCAGCCAAUGACACAUGGAUGCAUUCUGUCCUUUUUUUCAUUUUCUUGAGGACAGAUGGGUUCAGUAGUGUUUGGGAUGUGAAUGUCUCAUUAGUCAAACCUUUGAAAACGGUGAAUUCUGUUCUAACGUAUUGCCAAUUAAGUAAUACGCUAAACAACCACUUUGUAAGCACUGCUAAGUCAAUCAGAACUAGUUUCUCACACGUUUGUGAGUAGCAAUUCAGGACAGAUGUCCCACUUUCUAAAUAUCACCUGUUUCUGGGCAAACCUCUAUAGCCAUUUUUAAAUGUGACAUUUUAUACAUGUGGUUAAAUCAUAAGCCAUUAAUGUUCUGGUACUGUCACUCCAGAGAUUGUACAAGUUGUCCCCCCAUUGUGAUGUCGAGUGUUAAGUUGAGGGUACUUUCUAUCCAUGCCAGUGUCGGCCCAUGUGACUUAACUCUCAGGGAAAUGUCUGUGCUGACUGGGAGGAGUGGCGACAAAGGCUUUAUUGUUGUCAUGGGAGUCUGUCACAUCGUCUCAGUGUUUGUUUUUUUUUUUUCCCUCUUUAAUGGAGAGGUUUUAUAUCAUAUCUGACUCCUGUGAUCUCAAUGAGCCAUCCCUCUCUGCACCUCCUGGAUUACAGUCUCAGGCCUGGACCAUGUGCCCAUAUCCCCAUGACUCAACACCUUUAGAGUUACUUCUGCUUCCGUUUCUGUUUCAUUUACCACCAACCAAAUGCAUUUCACUGUCUCAGUCUGGCCAGCAUCAUAUCCUCAGAUGUGUGAAUGUAAAACUGUUGUGCUGUAAUACUCAGGCCAGCCCCAUGUUGAAAGGUUUGGAACCAGCAGAUGGUGCAGGAGAGGGUAGUUAGCUUAUCCUGGGGUGAGUAUUCAGGGUAAAACCUGUGCAGUGUGAGUUCAGCAUGUUGAUUGAAGUAGAAUUCUUUUGCUGUGGCACUGAACCCUCAUUCACAGCUCCUUGUGAUACUGCCAUUGUCAUGUUUUAGGUUGAAACUGAAAGGCUUCACUGCAGCUCAGGGUCAGUUGGCAUCGCCAGCAUUGAUUCACCUCUGUAUGGUCAUUACCUUUUUUUUUUUUUUUUUAAACCUUAGAGAUAAAACCAGCUGGAUGGUGGGUCAGUAUAUUUUAGACACUGAAUGUCCUACAGAGAGCAGAUGAGUACAGUCUACAUCGUGUAUGAAUGGUGAUUAAACAACAAUGGAAAACAAUCAUAAGUCACUAAACCACAUCUGGCUUGGCUUUAAUUUCUUCUCUUACUGUAAACACUGGCUAGAUUAAUGAAUCAAACUGAAGUCUUUAGUGUGCUGCAAACUGUAUCCUAACCACCAACCCACAAUUCCAGCGUUAAUAGAAGACUAAUGAGUGUUAAACCAAGAACAUGUAAUUUGACACAGGACUGGGCUUUAGGAGCAUUUGCAGUUACUUGAGGAGUGAACUUCACCAUAAAGGCCACUACAGUUCAUGUGCUCUUUGACCCAGGUUGUGUCAGGUGUGUGCAGUGUAAUAUAAGACACCAUGUACUGUCUAACACAAGCUCACAAACAGUCACAGACGAAGCAUUUUUUGUCAGUAAAAGUUUUUUAUGGAUAGCACAUGGUCUAAGGAACUCCAGUGACAGAAGUUUUUUUUUUUUUUUUUCCUUUUUCCUCGUGAGUCAUGGGUUGUGCACUACCCAUGCUUUUUGUACAAAAAAGAGUGAGUAAUGGCAAGUUGUAACAUGAGAUUUCAUAAUAAAUUUUUU